UCACUAAGCGUGGAAGAGACAGUGUCAGUGUCAGCCAGGGCAGGGGUGGGGCAAAGAAACUCUAAAGAGGAGGCGUGGUGUUCAUAUAUUAUAGUAAUGAGGGUAAUAGCAUGUGCUCUAUGCUAAUACAGCAUCUGUAGGGCUCGGAGGCAACCAGGAUAUGGACCACAGCGCCUAGGCAGACUGCUCAGGGCUUCCUGACAGGUACCUGCUCUUGUAACAGGAGUAGCAUGAUGGCUGGAGCUCAGGUAGGGCUCUCAGGAUCCUUCCCAGAACCCCAGGUUCGGCCAGGCCCAGACUCCGACUCUGACUCUGACUCUGAGGACCCAGCCAUGGGCAGCGCAGGGCCUGGCGCCAGCUCACAGAACCCCUCUCAGGUCAUUCACAGUGGCCACUUCAUGGUGUCAUCUCCGCACAGCGACUCGCUACCUCGGCGGCGUCACCACCGCGCUGAGCCCGAACCUGCUGAUCCCCGGAGCAUCGACCCGACCCUGACCCGGCUCUUCGAGUGCAUGAGCCUGGAGUACAGUGGGAAGCUGGUGUCUCCAAAGUGGAAGAAUUUCAAGGGGCUGCGGCUGCUUUGCCGGGAUAAAAUCCGUCUCAACAAUGCUAUCUGGAGAGCAUGGUACAUCCAGUAUGUGGAACGGAGGAAGAGUCCCAUGUGUGGCUUUGUCACGCCCCUGGAGGGGUCAGAGGCUGAUGAGCACCGAAAACCAGAGGCUGUUGUGCUUGAAGGUAACUAUUGGAAGCGUCGCAUUGAGGUGGUGAUGAGGGAGUACCACAAGUGGAGGAUCUACUACAAGAAGCGGCUCCGAAAGUCCAGCCGGGAGGGGGAGCUCUCCAGCCCAAAGCGGGAUGAGGAUGUCUGGAGGCCAACAGAGAAAUGGUGCAACCAGCUUUUCUGCAAUGUGGUGCCCAUGCUGCUUGGGGAUGAGGAAGAGGACCCUGGGGGUAGGCAGCAUUUUGACUUGGACAGCUUCCUCUCAGACAUCUCUGACACCCUCUUCACCAUGACACAGACGCCCAGCGCCCACCAGGAGCUCCUAGAGGAUGCUUAUAUUUGGAAUGCUGAUAUGAUCCAACCAGACUUGGCACCCCUGCAGCCCAGCCUGGAUGAUAUCAUGGAGAUCUCAGCCAAACAGGAGCCAGCCCUGGAUGCCAUGCACACGCACAGCGCUGCGCAUGUGCUCACAUCACCUGCCUCCCCGCAGCACAGUGGUGUCUCCGAUGUCCCUUCUGCCUUCCUGCCUAGAACGGCCCAGCUGAGCCCAGGACUGGCUCCUGCCUCCAGCCCUUCCCAGGCUGCGCUGGGCCCACUGGCGGGCACCCAGCUGGGCCCGCUGCUGGUCCCCAAGGUGGAGCGGCUUUCCCCCACGUUGGCCUGCGGCAGCGACUGGCCCAAGCCCAGCCAGGCCUCCCCAGGACCCACUGGGGGGCUGAGCCAUGGGAUCUCAGUCCACCACCAAGCACCUCGCCAGGGCAGGCCUGAGUCCAGCAAGAUGGAGAGCCGUCGCAUCACGCAUAUCUCCGCUGAGCAGAAGAGACGUUUCAACAUCAAGCUGGGCUUCGACACACUGCACAGCCUGGUGAGCACGCUGAGCGCCCAGCCCAGCAUCAAGGUUAGCAAGGCCACAACACUGCAGAAGACAGCAGAAUACAUCUGCAAACUGCAGCAGGAGCGGGCAGCCCUGCAGGAUGAAGCGCAGCGGCUGCGGGAGCAGAUCGAGGAGCUCAACGGCUCAAUCAACCUGUGCCAGGAACAGCUGCCCGCCACAGGGGUGCCCAUCACACGCCAGCGCUUCGACCAGAUGCGCAGCAUGUUUGACGAGUACGUCCGCUCCUCCACGCUGCAAAACUGGAAGUUCUGGAUUUUUAGUAUCAUCAUCCGGCCCCUCUUCGAGUCUUUCAACGGCAUGGUCUCCACCGCCAGCAUGGAGAGCCUCACCCAAACAUCUCUUGCCUGGCUGGACCAGCACUGCUCCCUCCCGGCACUUCGGCCCACUGUUCUGAGCUCUCUCCGCCAGCUGAGCAUUUCCACCUCCAUCCUGAGUGACCCGGCUUGUGUCCCCGAGCAGGCGACGCAGGCGGUGACGGGAACAGGCCACAGCACCAGCUCCUCCUAGCUGCCCUUGAAGAUGGGCCUUCCCAGCCGGAAGAGCCUUGGCAAAGCCCUCAGUCCUGACGGAUGAGCACUCGCAACACCAGUGACCGGGGGAGGCCCAGGAAGACAUGGAUGCCUCCAUGAUACAGGGCUGUGCUCGAGGCACCAGGCAGUGACUGGUAGGAGCUUGGUGGGAGAGGGUGUAGUCCUCCCUCUCCUGCAGGUGCAGGCUUCAAGAGUCCUGUGCUGGAGCUUGCACCCAGCAAGGCACAGAGCUGGGGGCUGCUGCCUACGCUGCAGGUGUCUCUGAAGUGGCGCCUCACCACCCCGGGGCUGGCUCAAACUCCAAAGCCAGCUCGUGAAGCGCAGGCAGCAUCCAAGUGGCCGGGUUGUGUGUGGAGCCACAAGGCUCCCUCAGCAAUAAUGACCCCCGCUUCGCGCCACCCCAGAGCAGGGAGCUGCUGGUGGCGGGGCUGGGCUGUGCCGCUGUACCUGUGCGAUAAAGGACUCGCUCUGCUUGCA